UUGCUUUGCUAGGUGGGGAGGUCACUGAAUUCCGAGAGUCACAAGAUUAUGCUGGGAUGGAAGGACAGGUCAUCCCCUACACUGGCCCCACCCCUUGCCAAAAUUAUAAAUAGUUGGCUGGAGAAGGUUCCCCCCCCAACCACAGAUGCUCUUCCAGUAAAGGACUGAACUUUACCCUCUGUGGCCGAAGACAGCCUGCGUGUGCCUGGGAGACCGCCUCUUCGGGAGGGGAGGCUUCUGGCUCCGGCUCCUUCGGCUUCAUUACCAGGGAUUUGUAAAGAAUUCGGCUGGAGCCAUGUCAUCAAUCAAGGUCACCUGCUCCCUUCUCUUUGCUCUUGGUGUAGCUGCUAUAGGCUCUUUUCAGUUUGGCUACAACACUGGCGUCAUUAAUGCUCCUGAGCAGAUCAUUAAGGAAUUUAUCAAUCACACUUUGCAAGAUAGGACCGGUGAGCCGACCUCUGAGGUUCUACUCACCUCACUUUGGUCCUUGUCUGUGUCCAUCUUCUCAGUGGGUGGAAUGAUUGGCUCUUUCUCUGUUGGACUCUUCGUCAACCGAUUUGGCAGACGCAACUCCAUGCUCAUUGUCAAUUCCCUAGCACUUGUUGGAGGUGCCUUCUUGGGCUUCUCAAAGUCUGCAGGAUCAGUGGAGAUGCUGAUCCUGGGCCGUUUGAUCAUUGGCCUCUUCUGUGGACUUAGCACUGGCCUUGUACCCAUAUAUAUUGGAGAGGUCUCCCCAACUCACCUUCGUGGAGCCUUUGGUACCCUGCACCAGCUGGGUGUUGUUGUGGGGAUCCUUGUUGCACAGAUAUUUGGGCUAAAUUACAUCAUGGGAACUGAGACUCUCUGGCCAUUGUUAUUAGGCUUUACCAUCAUCCCUACUGUUCUGCAAAGUAUAGCCCUCCCAUUGUGCCCUGAAAGCCCCAGAUUCCUACUUAUCAAUAAGAUGGAAGAGGAGCAGGCCCGAAAGAUUCUUGAGAAAUUAUGGGGCACCCAAGACGUAGGCCAGGAUAUCGAGGAAAUGAAGAGUGAGAGUGCUAAAAUGGCACAAGAAAAGAAACCAACUGUGCCAGACCUCUUUAGGACACCAAAUUAUAGACAACCUAUUAUCAUUGCCAUCAUGCUCCAGUUUUCUCAACAGCUCUCUGGAAUUAAUGCUGUAUUCUAUUAUUCUACAGGAAUCUUUACUGAUGCUGGUGUUAAAGAGCCAGUAUAUGCUACUGUUGGUGCUGGUGCGGUUAAUGUGGUAUUUACUGUAGUUUCGCUCUUUCUGGUGGAGCGAGCAGGAAGGAGAACUCUCCAUCUAACAGGACUGGGUGGGAUGGCCGUGUGCACUGUUCUUAUGGUUAUUUCCAUGUCUCUCAAGUCUACUCAUUUGUGGAUGAGCUAUAUCUGUAUCGUGGCUACCUUUGGCUAUGUGGCCCUCUUUGAGAUUGGACCAGGCCCCAUUCCUUGGUUCAUUGUGGCUGAGCUCUUCAGCCAAGGCCCCCGCCCAGCUGCUAUGGCUGUGGCUGGCUGUUGCAACUGGACCUCUAACUUCCUUGUGGGGAUGCUCUUCCCACAUGCUGCGAAAUAUUUGGGAUCCUACGUCUUUAUUGUCUUUACCUUCUUCCUCAUCUUAUUCUUUCUGUUCACCUUCUUCAAAGUCCCGGAGACGAAGGGCAGAACUUUUGAGAAUAUUACCCAGGUCUUUGAGACCAAAAGUCAGGGUGCCAUCAGCCCAACCUUAAUGGCAGAGAAAGGCCCCAUUGUGGAUAUGAACAGUAUUGAUCCAGCCAAGGAAUCCUCAACCUCCGCUCUCUAAAAUCCCACCUUCCACACUUCUUCCAGUCUCCCAACAUGGAAAAGCAACAUCUCCCUGAGGUGGAAGGGCCCUCAUCAGGAUAUCUAUAGCCUAGGACUGUUUCUGAUUGCUGCUACUGUUUCUUUUUCACCUUACUCCAUGAGCACUGAGAUGAACCUAGUAUUGGAGUCAACUUAGCUUCAUCAGCUUUUAAGCAUUCAAUAUCUUGGUCACUGUCUGUACUCUGCUAAACAGAAAUCAGGUGAACUUGCCCUCGGUUCUGGAGGGAUCUGCUCCUUGGCACUUGUGCCAGCCUUUGCCACCUCUUCAUUUCCUUGGGUUCUAAUGAUGAUUCAUUGAGGUUCCUGGGAAUCGGAAGAGUGGGUGUAAUCUCAUCCCAAUAACUAUAAGAGUUGUUUCAGUAGUAUGUAGGAGUUAGGUGUAGGAGAAAGGUUGGGGACCAAAUAGGAGAGUAUCUUCCUCACUUUUUUUUUAAAAAACAACUCUGCAGAGUGCAUUAACUUGAGUUUUUAUUUAUUUUAUCUGCCGGUUUU